AUGGCCGGCCCCAAGAAGCCCAGAUGCACCUUCAAGGAGUGCGGAGCUGCCGCUCAGCGCAUCGUCGGCGACUGCGGAUUCUGCGACGGUCACUACUGUGCCAAGCACCGUCUGCUCGAGGACCACAAGUGCACAGGCCUGGAAGACUGCAAGAAGGAGUCACACCAGCGCAACGCCGCCCAGCUCGAGGCUGAGCGGACACACGUAAUCCGGGGUGUAUAG